CCCUGUGAGGCCUCAUGGUGGAUGGAAGGACCUGCGAGUUGGUGUAAGUCCCCAUCGGAUAAGGACCAGGCCAGGGUCAGCGAUCCAGAAGGCUUCCCAGAGAGAGAGAGGACCGGGUCCCAGAAAGCUGGAAGAGCCGUGGAACGGUUGGAGUUACCAGGAGAGGUGGAGUUGCUCAGCAUGGAGAAGAACUAAUCCGCCAUUUUGUGAGCUGCAUGAGAGAACCGUGUGGAUCCGGAUUCUGUUCGCAGGAAUGAGUAUCGGCGUCAGGAAGCUGAUCGGAACAGAGGGUCAGAGUACAGGAUCUGCAGGGUCACAUGUUGUGGCAGGGACUUGCUGUCAGUCUGGAGCAACCAGUAAACACAGGACAUACCCAGAAUUACCGGGAUAUUAUGGCGAAUCAUGCAGAGAAUUUUCGCUGGAUGCGCUGGAGCCUGGAAGAUAUUUCUGCCAUUCUUUCUGAACGAUUUCCCGCCAGCUACAUCUGGGUAGUAAAGCCGUCGCGCAUGCACCUGCACAAAUUCAGCUGCUACGACCACUUUGUGUCCAGUAAUAUGUUUGGCGCUCCGAAGCACAGCGCAGAACUGGGAGCUUUCAAGCAUCUGCACUCGUUGCUUGUGAACGCCUUCACCAUGGCUCAUAACGUACUUCUCUCUGACAGCAAUAAGUACAUCAGUAACCGAGACUACAGUCGUUCCACGUAUUCUACCAACGGUUGCCAUUCUGAAGAAGGGGAGGACUCUUGCUUCUCCAAAGACCCUGCCAUUUACCUCGGUCUACCGUCCAUGAAGGGUUCGCUGUCGUUCACUGUGAUUGGGUUCAGCAAAGGCUGCGUCGUGUUAAAUCAACUGCUCCAUGAAUUGCAGGAAGCUAAAAAAGAUAAAGAGAUCAGUUCUUUUCUUGCCAACAUAGAAGCCAUGUAUUGGCUGGACGGAGGCCAUUCCGGCGGUAGCAACACGUGGGUAACGUGCCCGAACAUUUUAAAGGUAUUUGCCCAUACAGGGAUUGCGGUUCACACUCAUGUCACUCCAUAUCAAGUAAGUGACUCUAUGCGUUCUUGGAUCGGGGAAGAACACGGAAAGUUUACAGAACUUCUUAAAGGUUAUGAUGUAAAGGUUGGUAAUCAGUUCCAUUUUGCCUAUGAGACACCUUCAUUGGAUAACCACUUCCGAGUCCAUGAAGUUUUCUGAGUGGCCGACCAGCCUCCAUCAAUGGGAGCCGAUACCCUGCAGCGUUUCUUAGAUCUCCACACCAUAAGACGCAGUCUUCAUACAAUGUCCAUGUGCUGCAUGCUCCAUUGGUGGGUCUGUGCUCAUGGAGCUGCAGACGUCAAGAAUCGCCAACAUGUAUUGUAUCAGGAACACAUACUUUACAUACUUCAUUACAUGGUAAGAAAUGUCAGACGUAUAUUAAUACAUGCACUUUAGGGCUUACAAGCAUGAGCAAUUUGGACUUCAGCUAAUGAAUACAGGAAACCUCUCAAGUAUGCUCUUAUUGCUAUUAGCUCUGUGGUUGCUGUUUUAUUACAUGGAUUAGAUUAAAGGAGUUAUCGCAUCAAUAUGUAUUUAUCACCUGUCCACAGGAUAGGCAGUAAGUAACGCAUUACAGGGUCCAGCCGCUGAGGACCCCACCACCCUGAAUGAAGAAGAACUGCACGUCUGUCCACUGCUCCAUUCUUCUCUGUGGGACUGAAGGAGCACUGUCUACAUUAGGCCCAUAGAACUGAAUGGAGCAGUGGGCAGUCAAACACAUUACCGUCCUAUUCAGGGAGGAGAGUCUGGACCCCUCAUUCUCAGGAUGACGAGGGGAUCCCCAGUGCAUUAUGUCUCAGCUAUCCUUUGAAUAGAUGAGACAUAAUUUUUGUGGGAUAACCCCUUUAAGGACCACACCCAGGUGCACUCACCACUUCCGCAUUACAGCGAUUCCCCUGUAUACUACUGGUAUUGGAAUCCUUACUUUGCCUGCUCGUCCAGUCAGAAUCCAGACUGCUGCUCACAGCAGCUUACAUUCUGCUGACAGUUUCUCCAGCAAUAGAGAAUUAUUGGAUUAUCCUGAUCGCUAGCCUACUGGGAGAGUAGUUUCUGCAGUUGAUGUGUCUCUGGAAAUUGCUGUAUAUGUAUCUUUGUGAUACUGCCAAAAUCGGUGUAUGGGGCAGUCGGGAAGAAGUGGGCAUACGGCCAUGGCAGUGCCAUGUAAUAGCCCCGUCCACCACGGCAGUGCCCACACAGUAUUAGCGCGUUCCUUCUCCAGAAUUGCACCCUUCUGCUGAUAACGUUUACAGACUGUUGCAUGUUUCAUGUAUGCAUGCACGUGUAUUAAAGGGGGACUUUUUUAGAGGUGUUUUACUGAGCUGGGUUACUUACAGUAGCAGUAUUGGCAAAUGGGUGCCACCAUUUUGAAUAUGCGACCGAUGUAGAACAUCCUGCCGUAAAUUUAUAAUGGUGUUGUUGCAGUCAGAAUUGGUUAAACAUGGAGGAAUCCUUAACAUAUUUUACUUUUGUCUGUGAUGCAGGGUUUGUCUAGGUUUUAUGACUUUUAACUUUUAACUGUCACUAGCCGCCUGUGGUGCCUGUUGAAUAAAUCCCUCUCCCUUCAGUGGUCAUUGGUUUUCAUCCUGUAAACUUCCAGAUGACAGGGGUCACGUGUGCCGCUGCAGCCGAUGAUUGGCCUUAGCAGCGACAUGUCCCCAAGCGGCACGUGACCCAGCAGUGAUGUGCUACUUGAAGACCUGUCACCAUUGAUGCCAGGUAUUGGCUGCAGCAGCACACUUGAUCCUGUGGUACGGAAGUUUACAGGAUGGAGACCAAAGACCACUGAAGGGAGCUAAAAUGAAUUGGUGGGGGCAGGGGAGUAUGAUUAAUUUUUUCCCCCCAAAAGAUAAGGACAAAAAAAAGCAAAAAUUAAGUUGGAUAAAGGGACCUGUCAUGCUGAACAUGCAGUCCAGUCUGCAAGCAGUGUGUUAUACAGGGGAAAAGGGGUCAGAUUGAUUCCUUUUAUUUUUUAUUUUUAUUAUUAUUAUUUUUUUGACAGAAAAGGUUCUAUAAAAAUUUCCCUGGGCUUUUGGGUACAUUGGGUGAGCUCAGUGACUGAUGGCGUUCUCAUGAGUGGGCUUUUAGGCUACUUCCAUACUAGUGUUUUAGUUUUCCAGUAUUGAGAUCAGUCAUAACGGCUCAAUACUGGGAAAAAAACUGAACAGAACCAAAUGCUCCAAAAUGUAUUCCGUUCCGUUUGGUUGCAUUCCCAUAUCGGAGAGC